GCAGCCGCAGCCGCCGGGCGCCGGGAGAUGCGGCCCCGCGCACCGGCGCAGGACCCUGCCGAGCAUCCUCAGGGAGCUGGCGGAGAAGCGGCAGCUCUCUGAGGAAAUCGUGAGUUUGCUGCAGGCGCAGUUUUCAGAUUUGCCUCGAGAGUUGCACAGCUGGAGGCAGAUGGCAGACUACUCUUCAGAAAUGAGGCAGUUUGCUUGUCUUCUCCAUCUCUACCAUAUUAAGGCCUAUGAUUACCUACGGAAGAUUCUUCCCCUCCCUCAUCCUUACAGCCUGACAAACUGGCUGUCUAAUAACGAGACUGCUGCAGGCUUCAGCAGUGACAUUUUUAUCCGGCUUCAGGAAAAGGUGGAGAGAGGAGAUCAGUCCUACCGCUAUUGCGCCGUGCUGGUACAGGACGUGUCCCUGCAGAAGCAGCAGGAGUGGGACCCACAGACCAAGAGGCUGACGGGCUUUGUUGACUUGGGAGCAGGCAUCCUUGAUGCUGACGAAGCACCACUGGCGUCAGAAGCGAUAAUCCUCAUGGCAGUCGGCAUCUCGAGCCCUUGGACAGCUCCCCUUGGCUAUUUCUUGGUGAACAGCACAUCUGGCCACUUCCUGGCUCAGCUCCUUCGUCAGGCCAUCAGUAAGCUGAACAACAUUGGGAUCGUGGCCCUGGCUGUGACAUCGGGUGCCUCCGCUCGCGGUGCUGAGACUGCCAGAGCUUUGGGGAUCAGGAUAGAUCCCAAAAGGAUUCAGUGCACUUUCCAGCAUCCACCCGGUUCUGCUCACAGCAUCGCAUACUUCUUUGACGUUUGUCAUGCCCUCCUGCUGAUAAGGAAUGCUCUGCAGUGCUUCCAGAAGGUAGAGUGGCUCGGUGACACCGUGUGGUGGCAGCAGGUGGUGGAGCUGGCGGCUUUGCGGGAGCAGAGGGUGUUGGAGCUGUGCAGUCCUGAGUCGGGCAGGGCUGGGAGUAAAGGGAGUUACCACCUCAAGGUCAACCUUGCUACCCUGCUGUUCAGCGAGGGUGUUGCUGAGGCUCUGGAGCACCUCCAGAAACUGGGCCUGGCCUCGUUUCAGAACUGCAGCGGGACUGUCAAGUUUGUGCGCCUGAUGAACUCUCUGUGCAAUGUAUUUUAUGGAAGAGGUCCCUGUGGAAAGGAGUCUUUGUUACCUGGAAAUUACACUAAAAUAAGCAACCUCUUCGAUGAGGCCAAGAGCUGCUUUCUCAACUUAACAGAUGCUGUGGGGAGAUACGUUAUUAAGAGCAAACGCAAACUGGGAUUUCUGAGCUUCUUGCUCAGUGCUGAAAGCCUCAAGUGGCUUUCCUCCAACUACACGUGUCCAGAAGGGACUCCAUCCCACCACCUCCAUACACAUGCUUUUAGCCUGGACCUGCUGGAGCAGUUUCUCAGGGCCCUCCAGGAAGCCUGUGGCAACAGUGGCAGUCCCACCUGUGCUGUGUUCCAGGCUGCUUACCACAAGCUGCUGGCCAGCUGCAGCCUGGCACCUGUCUCACCACACAGCAGUGGCAAUUCCAGCCCCUGGGAUGUAUCCCUGUCUCAGAGGAGAGCUCUGACUCUGGGCAGCAUUCGUGCUCAGUAUCACCCAGCUCCUGGGAGGACUCUGACCCCAGAGUACCCCUACAGUGCAGGCCUGCUUCUGCCCAGCUCUGCCCUGAGCAACGCGCUGACAGAUCUGUCGCUGUACACACAGAGCCUCACCUGCACUGCUGGCUGUGUGGCUGAGCAGUUGGCCUUGGACUUGCAAUGUGAGGCUUGUCUUGCCUCUCUGUUUGAAGCAGAUGAGAGCAGGCUAAGAUGCAGGUCAGUGCUCUACAUAAAAAAGUUAGGUGAUGUGAGUCUGCCCUCGGCAUGUGUGCACCACAUAACAAGCAUUUCAGAACAAGUCCUAAACCAAUAUGUCAAAGUAGGAGGUGCCAACAAAAAUACCAAGCUGUGGCACUUGUCUCUAGAACAGAAAGUCUUCCAGGAACUUCUGGGAGAAAGCCCCCUCUUUCCCACCCUUACAAACCAUUUAUUUGAACGGGAGCUGAGCAUCAACAACCACUACACAAUCUUAGUAAAGGAAAUAACACGGUGUUACUUAAACAUAAGAACAAACACUGCCCAACACCUGAAUUUGAAAUACCCUUGCAAAAGGCACAAAUUGAAGAGACUGAAGGGAAAGCAUUUGUUUCCAUCACCACUGGGUAGCUGUCAGUCAAGCCAAACCCACACAUGGUCUAACUGAGUGGUUCCAAGGAUGGCUGUUCCUUGCUGAGAUCUAGGCAACACGUGAGGAAACAAUGCUGGCAAAACUAGCCUUGAUAAGCAGUGAUGUUUUGGGCCACUGCAAGACCCCUAACCAGAGAUUAACUAAGGAAGGAACUUUAUCCCAUCCUCUGUUCCUUCUAGCAAUCCAGCAAAGCAGCCAUGUAUUUCAUGAAACUUGCGUGGCAGCUCAGGAUGAGCAAGGGUUGCUCGAGCUGCCUGGGGCAGUGGUAGGAGACUCUGCAGUGUCCCUGGAAGUGCUGGGUGGCUUUAGCACUGUGAGUGCUCUUGGCAGAAGGAAACUGAUAGGUGAUGGGGUUGCAGGGGAAUCACAUGCACUGGCACUUUGAUUUCACCAAAAAGGUGUGCUUUAUAAAAGCUGGGAGCGAGAAAGUUUUCAGAGCUUCUACUUAAGUAGGAAAAUAAAGAUGUGAAAAGAACAUGUCAGCUUUCCAACAUGUCUCAUCAAACAGCUAAAGAUGCUGGUCAAGUCUAGAUCAUCUGGAUCACUGCUGAGUCUGUGAUCAGAUUGUUGUGUCCAGUGGCAUCUAGGAGCACCAGUACUCUCCAGGGGCAGGAAUACAUGGGUGUGCUGCAGCAGGACAAGCAUUUGAGUUCCUAUUUCAUGGCCCCAAUCUCCCAGGGCUGGCCUGUGUCCUGCAGCCCAGGGCACAUAGCACCCUCCUUUCAAUGUUCCCACUGAUGACUUGAACCAUAGCUCUGAUGCCAUCAAGUAGGACAGGCUUCUUCAGUUAAUUCAUUUUCAGGACAAGGAAGCUGCCUCCAGUGCUUUGCCUGGAAUAGCAAAGGUGGAACUGCUGCUAAGGGGUUUCCCUUUGCCAUGCAGAACAGGAGUUGCGUGCAUAGAGAUGAAAGGCAACUAAUUCCCACAAAACCUGCUGUACAGUCACUUUCAAGAUCCAUGAUGUCCAAAAAUGGUGAUCUGCUACAUCCCAGGGCAGUAAUAAUAUUAAAGGUACCAUUUUGCCUACCAGUCACUUGACUAAACUGUCCCUGGUUGGUUUGGAUUUCUCCUCCUUCCCUUAGUUCUGCAUGCAAGCUCCUCUUUGAGAGCAGCAGCACCAUGGAAAUUCAUAUAAUCACUGCUGGGAGGAACAAACUAAAUCCUCUGGGCUUCUUUUUCACCAGUCCAAAUAUCUAUGCAAAAAAACAUAUUGAAGCCAUCACUGUUACAGAGCCAUUCUAGCUACAUGAGACUUUGCAGGAAACUAUUCCCUGCCCUCUAUAUGUGAUUUUUGGAAAAACUGGCAAAAUGCUGUUGAAAUCCCAGUGACAGAUUGGUUGCAAUCAUGUAAUGUUUGAACACUUGUAUUACCUCUGAGUCCAUCUCUAAGAUGAGUAGUUACAAACUGUGCCAUGGACUGCUGUGCAUGACUGCACAGCAAUAGUCAAGGGAUAUUUACUUAUCACUGGUAGCAUUUGGUCUCACUGAAAAUCCAAGUCCCAGAAGUGGACCUAGUAUUAACAAUUUAUUUUGAUAUUUCAGUGGCAAACCUUCUGUGUAUAUUUGUCAGUGCUGAAGCAAAGGAAUGCAAAAAAAAUCGUAUUUACAGAAUAGUAUAAAUGUUUAUUUUUUGUGAUUUAUCUGACUGUUUUAUUUGUACAAUAUAGAAAAGUGUAUUCUUUGAAUAGGUCUUGUAAAUAUAAAUUUAAUUUUCUA